AAUUAGAAAGUUAAACAAAAGACAGGGCAUUUACAAAUCGUCAUCAUUAACGCCAGUAUUAGCAGACGUGAGUGAUCUGAAGUUGUUAUGGUCAAAAUAGCUAGUGUCGUUUUGAGGUUAUCGCUUGUCGGUUACUUACUUUAGUCAUUCGAUGUGUACCAGCGUUGCUGCAAACUUGGACAUCGCGCUAUGUGAAAUGAUAUCGAAAUGCGUUUAGUGUCUCUGUGUAUUAUAUUUGUCAUUGUGUUUUGUUUGUGCGAGUGUAAAGACAUGAUCAUUGGCGACACGGUGCACAGGAAAAUGGUCUUUCACCAGAGAGUGAAGGACUUCGCGAUACCCUUCAAGAAGAGGAUUAAAACUUUGUCGUACUCGGAUCCUGAGAAAAGAAUGAUUAAGGGCGUGGCAGCAAUAGACAACGACUUCUCUCAUGCCAGCGCGAACAUAACUGAAGGUGGAGUGGGUUACUCGUACGUCACAGUAAGAAUGAAAAGCCAGAGGCAUCAUCCGCUCAACUUCGAAGUGGAAAUAUAUGUCUAGUCAUAAAACAUAUUGAUCCGGCGGUGCUGUUAGUUAUUCGAUUGUGGGAGAUUCAUCAUAUAGCCGAGAUUCAUCCACAUAAAAGAAAUAUUCUUUUGCUGGCUAUUUUGUUGGCCUAUGUAAGCGAGAGGUAUGGAAGAAUUAAAAUAUAGGUAAACAUAAGACAAAACAAUUCUUGAAACAAACCUUACGUUUCUAAAUCUGCUAGUAUACCAAACUGUAACUAUAAUUGAUAUUAAUAAGAAUCUCGUUUUAAGUGUUAUUCGUCUAUGUAUAUUUUGUAUGAUAUUAAUCUUUAUUAACCUAUACUAAUACUAUAAAUGCCAAAGUUUUGGUAGAAGUUUGUUACUAUAUCACUCCAGAACGGCUAAAUCGGUCUGGGUGAAAUAUUGGCGCAGAGAUUGAUUUACAGUCAUGAACAGCACAUACGCUACUUUUAUCCCGAAAAUUUUUUUUCACGCGGACAGAGCCGUGAGCAAAAACUAGUAUUUAAAUAAAUAACACAAAAAAUAUUCGUAGCAAAUUGAUUUAAUGUAAUACAGAAUUGUCAAUUCAUUUACAAUUGUGUUUUAGUAUGCGCGAUGUAUUUAAGUAUUUCAUUACUUAUAUUGUUCACAUUUCCGUCUGUCCCGACAUAUGUUGCCAAUAACAUUUUAAUAAUAGGUAUGAAACAUCCACUGUAUUGUUGCGUUAUGAAUUUUAUUUUAGUAUAAUAUUUACUGAUAAAGUUGUGUGUAUUUUGAAUAAUAUAGACAAACCAAACCAUAUACUUACGCAUUCAUUUAAUCUCAUGUAUUAGUAAGUGAGAAUUCAUAACAAUUUUUAGAUAAGACGUGUUAUAGAAAAUAUUAAAAGUAAAUCUGUGAUUUUGAUCUUUUAAAAUCAAACAAAAUAUAAAUGAAGUAAUUUUUAUGAAGUUGGAUACCUAAUAUUUAAUUUAUUCGAUAAGGUAAACUUACUAUCGUAUUCACAAACGUUACUUAGUAAAGUACGCAUCAAUGCUAUGAUAAGUCUGAUUAAUAAAGCUUAUAGUAUGACAGUCUUUGCAGUGUAAAGGCAUACGAGGGUAGUCAUUGGCAUGUUGAGACAGAAAUUUAAUUCAGUUGCCUGUCAAAUAAACAAAGCUAAACAAACAUUGAAACAAAAAUAUUUUUCGGAUUUUAUCGUUAAAACCGCGAUAAAAUGCGAAAUAUAUUGUUAUUUCGGUAUCUAACAUUCGCGUAAACAUGAAAGCUAAACAAAGCCAAAGAUAACUACGAAAUUGCCGAUACUGUGCGUUCGGUCACACUGUGAGUCCUCAUAUUAUUGUUUGUGAAUACGGGUAUUAAUUACAAUUACGGCAAUUGAUUGGUACUAAGUUUGAACCUUAAUAAUAUUACCAACAUUGAAAUUAUAUCUUAGUAUAUUUUUUUAUAGUAGUUGAAGAAUCUAAGUUUAUAUAGUUUACCAUAAAUAAGAGUCACGUAGUGCUAGUAAAAUAUUUACAAAUACAUCAGAUGAUCAUAAACAAUCAGCUUAUGCUAUUACUGAGUAAUAAUUAUUUCGUCUAUCAUUGUUUAUGUUUGAGAAUUGUCCGAGCGAAAUUUUGUAAACAAGCAUUCGUCACGUCUUCAUAUCGCGGCUUGAGAAAAACAAACUUUAACGGAACUGAACUAAAUACAUUUGACACAAAUACACUUUUGGAUAUCCGCGUAGUUUAAUUUUACGACUUAAGUUGAUGUUAAUACGUAAACAAUUGAACUGUUGAAGGAUGUUAACUUUAUGAAAAUUAUAAACAAAAACGCCCAUUUGAUUGAGUAAUACUGCGUAUUACAAUAAAUCUGUAGUGUAUAAAUAAAAUGUCUGAUAGUGAAUUUUAACCUAAAAUAAUUGUAUUACAAAUUAUUAACGUAGAAGGUAUCGCAAAAUUUUAAACUCUAAACAUAGUAAUAUCUUGCUAUCAGAGGGAUUGCAAAAGUGUUGUUAACUCAAUGAACUGCAUGCAGUUAUAGAUUCUUAUACAGGAAAGGAUAAAAUGAAAUGUACACCAAGUACUUAUACCAUCUUCUUUUCAAAUAUCUUUCAUCCAGAUCUGUCAAUCACAUUGAAAAGAAUAGAGGUUAUAAUUGAAAAUCAGGAUUUUUGUUUAUAUUUAUUUUAUUCGUUUCCUGAAUAAGAUUUUAGUUAAUUCGGCUGGCGUAGUGCUAUAUCAAUAUAGCACACAAAAUACAGCUCGAUAGUUGCAGUCCAACACGACUGCGGAUAACUUCGUGCAGUUCAACGCAACUAUGAUCAAUCUAUUGAUAGCCAGAUAUUAGUCACAAAUGGUAUCGCAGCAUCUUUCAGAAAGUCAUAAGUGGCAAGUAGUAGCAUUUUUGGUGGGAGCUGAAACUCCAUAAAGAGCUUGCUACUGGCAUACUGAUCAUUUGAUAAUAUAUGAUGUGUAAUAAUCUAUUCAGCUAAUUAUUAUUCAUAAUAUAAUCUCGCUAUUAAUGUACGUAGUAACUAUAUAAAGUCAGGGACCCUAUUCUGUCUACAGCGGUGAAUCAGUCGUUUUGAAAUUAGAGACUUUCUGAUUGAAGAAUAGCAUUGAUAAGUAUAGGUAAGAGUCAAAAAAUCCCCUACAUAUAUGUACAUAUAAUAAAUAUACAUUAGCAAUUGUAAAAUAAUAGAUAUGCCCCCGUAGACGGUUUAAGGCUCCCUAACUAUAUAUAAUAAAAGAGCUAGUAAGCCAUGUCUACACGCUUUUGUACCAAAUAACGUAUGUCAUCUAUAAAUAUUUACAUUAUUAUCUCGUCAUGUGUUUUUGUUGUUUAGAAAUAAUUCCUUAUGUUAAAAUACCGUUGUUAAAUAAACUACUUCGAAAAUACG